AUGCUCAUCGACGAUACCACUCCGACAACCAGCAGCAACGACUGGCGCACUCCUUUCAUCAAGUAUCUCUCGGACGGUUCAGAGUUUCAAGAUAAAACGGAGAACGAGCGCCUUAUCCGGCGAUCUAGAAAUUACAUACUGGUCGAUGGCAAACUUAUGCGUAAGAACGCAAGUUCAGAAGUCUUGCUGAAAUGCAUAUCCCAAGAUGAUGGCGUCAAGCUUCUGGAUGACAUACAUGCUGGGUCCUGUGGUAACCACGCCGCUUCCAGAACACUGGUCGAGAAGGCUUUCCGGGCAGGUUUUUACUGGCCAACUGCAGUCGCUGACACCGAGAAACUGCUCCUCGCCAGCCUGGCGUCCAUCCUCCAGCGCACCAGCACGCUCCUAUUAGAGCCGCUCCCUUUCUUCUCGGAGGCGCCCAAUCUCCUCCUCUAG